AUGGAAGCCCGCAAGGCUCGUCGUCGAGUGCCGCAGGAGCUGAGGAAAAGAGCCCAGCUCUCAUGUGACAGCUGCAGGAAGUGUGACACCCUGCGUCACGACCUUCCGGCCAAAGCACGACUCUACGGCAGUGUGGAGACCAUCAGUGACCGCCUGCGCUGUCUGGAAGCCAUCGUCAAGGGCGCGUUCCCCGAUGAACCCAUCUCCACCAUCCCCGACCUCCUCGCGCUGGGCCGCAGGAAGGGCUAUGCGAUGCCCGAGGUGUCGACGGUCUCGAAUCAGAAUGAUCUAGACAAUUCUGCUCUACGGCAAUUACCUGCGGAGAAUGAAUCCGCGAGCAGACAGAAACCGGUCCAGUACCGGGACACGCCGCGGCUGGUGCAAGACCCGUCCGGCCGCUCGCAUUAUAUCGGACCGUCGGGCAGUCUGUCCUUCUUCGCUGAGCUGCGAGAGCUGGUCUCUGAACGGCAUCCGUCGUCGCGGUUUGCCUCUGACAACGUCGCCGAAGCGCUCGAGGCGAGAUCGGAGCCGCUCAAUGGCAACAGUCCCCAUCCUGCGAAUGAAUCCCACCCCCAGCUGGCGGCGUCCAGUCCGGCGACCUCGUCUGCAGGCGAGGCCCUGCGGUCUGCCUCCUGUCUGAGGAACGUUCCUCUGGGGACGCUCAACGGGCUGCUGCGUCUCUACUUUGAGAACGUCCAUGCCGACUUUCCGCUGUUCCAUCGGGCCAUGUUUCAGGACGAGUUCGAGCGCUAUUUUCUGUCGAGACAGGAUCCGCGAUCCCAGCUGCGCGCGGACAGCGAGCCCGAUGACGGCUGGCUGGUGUGCUUGCACAUGAUGGUCGCGUUUGGGUGUGUCCUGCAGAGGACGCUGCCUGGAAACGACAGCGUCAACUACGCCCUGCUGCAGUCGGAAUGCUGGAACGUGUCGCGGGCUGCGCUGCCGCGUCUGACAACCAUGUGCGUGCAGUCGCACGUCCAGGCGCUCCUGCUUAUCGCCCUGUAUCUCCACAGCAUCAACGAGCGCAACGCCUCGUGGGUGCUGGCCGGCUGCGCGGCGCGCAUCGCCGUGGCCAUCGGCCUGCAUCGCAAGGAGCUGCAUGGCUCGUUCCCUCUGAUCGAGCGCGAGACGAGGAAACGCAUCUGGUGCACGCUGUACGGCUUCGAGCAGUUCCUCUGUCUGUCGCUGGGGCGGCCCAGCGCGGUCGACGACGACGAGGUGGACGCCUCCGCGCCGUCGGACGACAUGAUGAGCUCGAGCAACGGGCCGCCAGGCUACACGGAGUGCAACUUCCAGCUGCAGCAGCUGUCGAGCAGACUGCGGCGGACGAUGAGCGUGCACAGCCGGCGGACGAUCACCCCGAAGGCGAUGCUGAACGACCUGAAAGCGUGGGAAGACGGGCUUCCGCCGCAUCUCGUCCUGUCGAAGGGACUGCUGGAACAAGCCGUCCCUGCUGCAGGGCCAGAGCUGGUUGUGCAGUACUGCUCGCAGUACCCUGUCCACCAUCUGCGCAGCAUCAUCCUCCUGCACGUCCAGUACCACAGUCUGGUGAUCCUCGCGACGCGGCCGUACCUGCUGAUGCUCAUCUCCUCCAGCUCCAAAAGCCCAGCCUCCAUGCCGUAUCCGUGGGACGAGUCGACCGAAGAAACUUCAGCAAACGAAAUCACCCUUCUCGCGCGGAGCUGCGUGUCGUCGGCGUCCCGGCUGGCGACGCUCAUCCUCAUCCUCGACUGGUGCCGCAUCCUCAACGGCCUGACCUGGCUGGACGUGUUCUACGCGUAUUCCGCGGCGAUGGUGCUCCUCCUGCGCAUCCUGUGGAUCCCGCAUCCGUCCGCGGGCAGACACGAGCUCGAGAGGGAAGAGGCGCUGAAGAGGCGCGCGAACACGCUGGUGACGGAGGUGCGGCGGGCGCUGAAGUCGGUGCCCAAGAGCUCGACGAUGCAGCGGUUUGCGUCGGUCGUGGAGAAUUUUGCAGAUGCAGUGACUGCGAAUAGCAGUAGCAGCAGUAGUGACGAUAACAAUAACAACAAUAAUACCGGGGAAACCCGCCCUGAUUUUGCAGGCCAUACCUUCCCCGCCGAUAACAAUCAUAAUCAUAACAAUACCAGCACCAGCACAGCUCUCCCCAUAGACGGAGUUUCAGUCGACACCACCAACAACAACAAAAUACCAGCAUCAGCAUCAGCAUCAACAUACGACAAUACCGAACCGGACGACGCCCUAACCGAAGCAGCGCGGGUAAUCUCGUCCUUCUCCGACGAGGCAUUACCAACAGCAGCAGGCACGUCGUUUCUGUGGAACGAUUCGUCGAUGCAGUUGCAGUUGCAGUCGCUUACGCAGCAUAUUGUCGACUGGAAUGAUUUUGAGAGGUUUUUGGGGGGGUUUGGGGAGUAUUGA